CAAUGUCAAAUGUGACGUUUUACAUGUGUAUGUAUGUGCAUUCGUGCGUAAGUUGUUUACUAACUCUACGAGUUUCCUUUCCUUUGGCAGUAUUAAAUAGGUAUUAUACACAAAACAGUACCAUCAGUCAGUUUGGAACUAUCCAUUAGAUUUGUUGUACGCGUUACGAUCCUCUACCAUGCGUAUUCACUUAAGGAAGGUCAAGUUUUUAUCUUUAGUGCCAAAAGUGGAAGCCGGUGGAGGGUCAUCAGUAACCUUCACCCGGAGGUCUAUCAGUGAUGUAAGCUGCUUGGCUCCAGCGGCGGCGGCUGUAUCCGGCGAAGAAAUAGCUGCCGUUAGCGCGCCCCUCGUGGAUCUGCAUGCUCGUCGCCACAACUACCUGCGCAUCUCGCUCACUGAAAGAUGCAAUCUACGAUGCCAGUACUGCAUGCCACCUGAGGGAGCGCCGUUGUCGGCGCGCCCUGCGCUGCUGACGCGGGAUGAAUUAUCGCGAGCGUUGCGUUUGUUCGUGUCACUGGGUGUGGAUAAAGUGCGCCUCACUGGCGGCGAGCCCACGCUGCGGAAGGACCUCGCUGACAUCAUACAGGAGGUGACGAGUCUGGGGGUUCGAACAGUGGGUUUAACCACCAACGGUAUAGUGCUGACGCGACAACUACCCGCCUUGCAGCGCGCCGGCCUCACCGCGCUCAAUAUCUCGCUAGACUCGCUGAGACCCGAGCGAUACGAGCAGAUGGCCAGGAGAGCGGGCUUAUCGCGGGUGCUGGCGGGCAUCGACCUGGCGUUGCAGCUCGGGUACAGCCCGCUCAAAAUAAACGUCGUCCUAAUGAAAGGUUUCAAUGAUGACGAGAUUUGCGACUUUGUUGAGCUGACACGCGAUCGUGAUAUCGAAGUAAGGUUCAUAGAAUUCAUGCCGUUCUCCGGCAACGCGUGGGACGACAGUAAACUGGUGCCGUACAGACAAGCGUUACGGGAGAUAUCGAAACGAUUCGAAGUGGAAGGGGGUGGCAGAGCGGCGGGGGAUACUGCCCGGAUAUGGACGUUGAAGGGACAUCGCGGCACUGUAGCGUUCAUAGCUUCUAUGACGCAACCGUUCUGUAGUACUUGUAACAGGCUGCGGUUAACUGCCGACGGGAGUCUUAAGGUAUGUUUGUUCGGCGAGGCGGAAGUGUCGUUACGCGACGCCAUGAGGGCGGGCGCUACGGACAAUGAGUUGGAAGCGCUGAUCCGAGCCGCGCUCCACAAUAAGAAGCCACAACACGCUGGUAUGCAGAACCUCGCCACCAUGCAGAACCGGCCUAUGGUGCUCAUAGGCGGAUAACAAACCUACAUAAUCUUCUGAUACCAACGCAACGAGGACAUAGGCUGGCGGCUAUUCGAUGUUACUGCACUGGGAAGGGGGACGAUGGGCCAUUUACACAUUUAGAUAGUAGGGGCCGCGCGCGAAUGGUGGACGUAGGCGAAAAACCUGUCACAUCCCGAGUAGCCGAAGCUGAAUGCUCUUUAAUAGUCGGAUCUAGACUACUUCGGCUUUUACACGACGCGCGUCUACCCAAAGGGGACGCUCUGACGGUCGCACAGGUCGCCGGAGCGAUGGCGGCGAAACGCACUUCAGAGUUGAUCCCUCUAUGUCACCCGUUGCCUUUGGACUGCGUACGAGUUCGCGUCGAAGUGCCUAAAGUAGCGGAAGCGGGGGGUGGGGGGCGUUUAAGGGUUCAUUGCGAAGUUCGUGUUACUGCUCGUACGGGAGCGGAAAUGGAAGCGCUCACCGGAUGCGCAAUGGCCGCCUUGACACUUUAUGAUAUGUGUAAAUCUGUGGAUCGCGGCAUGAAGGUCACUGACCUUAGGGUGGUGAGGAAGGCGGGAGGUGCGAGCGGGGAAUUCCCCCCGCCGCCCUUAACUAAUAUAGAGACUAAAGCCAAGAUCGUACCCCCUAACGACGAUAACUCGGAGACUUACGCCCCUACUAAUUUUGCUCACUUCUAAGAAUGUUUUGUAAGUAGGUACUUACUCUCUUUUUAGUCGAGGCCCAACCUAUUUUAUUGUACCCCACCUAAAGUUAGUGCAUAUGAGUAAUAAUUAUAUAUAUUUAAAAAAAAUAUAGUGAUGUCAAUCCUGGCGUGAUUCACUAAAUCUAAACUUAAAUUUGACAACAGUGUAUCCUUGUCAUUCUCCAUACAAAAUGAAAAGGAGAGACUGAUCUUAAAUUUAGUUUUAAGUUUAGAUAAUAAUCAUGCCAGAAUCGACACCAAUAUGUAGGUACCAUGAAAUAUUUGCACCAUCAUCAUAAGUGUAAUACUGUUAUAGUAUUAUAUCUUUUUUUAAAACAUGGAUCGGUGGUGCUAAUUUAUUUAAUUUCGGCCAUUUUCGAAGAUUUCCAUUUAUUGUUUUAGGUUUGCUUAACUUUUGCUCAAUAGCAAAAUAUAACAUAUACGUUUGACAAGCAUUAAAAUUAUUUGAAGUCUCUGCGUGGCCAUUGGAUUUAUUAUCUAGUUUAUAUAGAAUGUUGAACAUAUGGUUUUUUUGUUGAUAAAUGUUAUUUAUGGCUGCUGUAGAAACAUGAAAGCAGCUAAAAAUAUAUCAGAUUAUUUUUAGGAAUAUAUUUUAUGUAUAUUAAGAGUAAGCAUAAUUUAGUUGUGAUAUACUUUAACGAAAAUGCAAUCAAUGCAAUGCAUAUUGAUAUUGUAUAGGGUAUUUGACAGUAUUAAAAAUAAAGUGCCAAUAGGCUUCAUCUGUGUUUAGAAUGAAUAUUAUCAGGGGUUUUUACUAUUUUUACAAAAAAUAUUCAUAAUUUUACUAAAAACCCACGAAAAAGAUAAUAGUUUUCUUAUCUAUUACUUACUUACGUCACGUGACCCAUAACGCUUGGGAUUGGCGGAGCCUAAAAUGACGUCACACACAAGUAAACUUCCGGUUAAAGUGACAUUACAUUGCUUCGUUUGACGUUUUAAUAACAGUCGUGUGACGUCACACACUAGUAAGACACCAUAUUGUCCAGAGAAACGUUUUCGCGGCAACUUGAAAAUGGAGUUUCUGAUUUGGUUAUUUUUACUGAAAAACACAACAGAAUGAUGAAUAUCCACUUAUUACGGACUCCAUAAACAUUAGUCAAUAACGUGAGAUCGUUUUCUAAAACUCGUCAAAUACCCUAUUAGUUUACCUACAAUAAGGCAGCUUGUGUUGUUACGUAAUUUAUUUUUUCCAUUUGUACAUCAGUUAUAAAUUAGUUAAGUUCUAUUAUUUUUUAGUCAGUCAAUUUAAUUGACAAUAAACUUGUUGUAACUGAAAGUAUGUUUGUGCUAGAUAACAACUUUUAUGUCUCUGUUCAUUAUAAGAAUGAUUUAUUGAAUGCAUUCACCAAUAAUAAUUAAAUUCCUUUUAAAGAGGCUUUUUUAUUAAGAAGCAACAUGCAGGCCGGCAAGGUGAGGAUGGCUGCUAGAACUGCUGUACCAGCUAUCUUCACGACUGGAUAGGGUGACCAUCCGUCCGGAUUUGGCCUGACUUUCUGCCUUUCGUCCGGCUUUUUUUUAAUUAGAUGGAAUAUGAGUAAAACUAUUUAUUAAGUUAUAUGAAAUAAGUCAAAUAAUCUUUAUUAAGUCCUCAUUAAUUUAAAACAAAAUAUAAAUCAUCUUUAAAAAUCAACAAUGAGACCCACCUCAUCUGCUGAUGUUUGUUGCAUUUUGUGACUAAAAUGUUCAGACUAUUAUCCAAAUGUCCGGCUUUUUGUCAGGACUUUCAAAUUUUUAAAUAGUAGCCCUACGUCUGGACGGACACUUAACAUCAGGGGGC